AUGCAAACGUACGUUGAGAUGCUUUCUGGAACACUAACUGUACGUGCUUUUGCUGUAACGCUUCCAGUAACGUCUAUGGAGAAACCCAUACCCACUACUCCUGUCUCUAAAACUCCUGUAGUUACUAUUGAAAAAGUCGAACCACGAAAUUCACAACCAACAGUAAACUUUAGUACAAUUGUAGAAGUUCGAGUGAAAUUCAUUGAAGACUUUGUCUACAUGCCGAUAACUUUUCAACUACAAGUAAAUUCAAAUGAAGCAAUUAUAAUCAGACAGAGUAUUCAAACAAUUGGAUAUCUAUUAAAAGCUGUAGCACUUGUGGGCUAUGAUUUUUCUGUUAAACCUAAUUUGGCUACAUUGCAAAUAAAUUCAGUGUAUUUCAAUGAAUCAUGUACAGAUGCUCAGUGUGAUAUUGCAAUGCGUUAUUCGAUUAUUCCAAUCACCACAAACCCUUUGAUAAUUACAACAAACUUUACCUCUGGUGUAUCCAGUUUUACGAAAACAUUAACUAUUUCUCCACGAGAUAACUACUCUACUGUGUUGUCAUCAAGUCAGGCUCCAGGGGUUGAUCUAAUUUCUAUUGAUUCAAAAACAGUCAAAAAUCUAGUGAUACCGAACUAUUUAACAUCACUGAAGUUAACGCUAACUCUGAAACCCAAUGUAUGGCAGUCGAUAUAUUUUCAACUUUAUGCUCCAGGUGCCUACCAAGAAUACAUAUUAGUCAAGCCAAUAAUGCUAAGCCAAUCAACAUCAUUGCCAUAUGUCAGCUCACUUUCGGACUCUUUGGAAAAUAUGGUUUAUAUCAGUAUAGAUAAAGCUUAUUACGAAGGAAUUGCAACCGACCAAACGACUUCGGCAGCAAAUCAGUUGACUUACUAUAUCCCAAUGUUCACUGCAAAUUCUGUCAGACCACUGGUCAAUUUCACUUACAAUCUGACAGUCAAUUCAAUCUCUAUAUUUGGUAAUUUCAUAUUUACUACCACCACUCCAGCAGCAUUUACUACAACUCUUACAAAUACUUGGACAUUAAAUUAUCCAAGUGCCACUGAUGUAUAUAAACAAAUGUGUACUGGAGGACCGUUUGAAUUUAUAUUGAAUAUGUGUCCGAUUGAAAGACGUUGUUCAUUCUAUACAUACUGGAUCAACAGAAUUUUUAAUGGUAUUGCAGCUCUAAAUGUUACUAAAGUAAAUGUACAACAAUUUAAUCCAGAUGUGUGGUUAUCAACCUCGUUCUCUUUAAAUUUGACAUCUGAACGUAGUUAUGUGAGAGUGGAUUACGGCCCAUUAUGCCUCAUCAAUCAAUAUCUUUAUUGCGCGCAAUUUAAACAUACUCUUUAUUUAAUGGGAGAUUGCAAUGUGACAACAACAAUAAACUACGCUUUCCCAACAUUUGUUAAUAUCAGUGGGAGUACAAAGAAUUUUACCGGCCAGACUUUGGUAUUGAGUCCAAUACCAAGUUUCCCAAUAUACACCGACAUUAUGAUUGAAGUAAGUCCAUCUAGUGUAACGCUGCAGCCAGGUCAAAUAACAACUGUCAAUGUGAAAUAUAUAUUCCCACUGAACUCCACCUAUCUGAAAUCUACAAUACAAAUCAGUGGAACUGGAAGCAACAACACUAAUGAAUCUAUAAUAACUAUUGCAGAUUUUAGAAUAAGUUUGGGUUCUAACUUAUUUUACACAACAACUGCUUACUCAUCUAAUUAUUUGUCAACUUAUCCAACCGAUCAAAAUGAUCAGUUGUUAAUAUACUUCGAAAAUAUCACAAACAUUGGUACGGUAAGUGUACCCUUAAUGCGAAACACUCUCAGUCUUUCAGUGGAUAUCCAGUUGAGUGAUAGUAAAAUUGUGGAAAACGGAACUGUUUGGCCGUUGCAAAUCACUGGUCGAUUCAGUGCUGUCACUAAUAUUAGCAAAAUAUCUGUAUAUUGUGUAAGAACAGGGUCAGAAAAACCAUCAAUUCAGGUUGUACUAUCUCAACUGUCAUCGUUCACAUUCAGUGAUUAUCCUGAUAGAGAUGUGGUGUAUCUUCAGACAACCGUUCAAAUGAUGAAUGGUACCGGAUUGGAAUGUGAAAGACAAUCGAUAAUUUUCUAUCUCAGUCCAGAAAUAAAAUCAAUCAUUGUGGUUAAUCAAACAGGGAACAUAGAUAAUGUAACAUUGAAAACUCCUUUAAACCCAGUAUCUAAAUCAGUUCAGUUCAUAGCAGGACGUUUAUAUUUUGGUGCAAAGUAUGAAGUCAUCUUUAGUCUGAAAUUUAAUCCAUCUCGUAGUACAACCAUUGUGAAAUAUCCAGUUCUAGUCGAAAUCGUGUGCAAACCCUAUGAACGUGGUAGUCCCGUAGUGAAUAGCUGUGCAAAACAAAAGUUUUACAAGUUCAAAUCUCAUCUACGUGUUCAACUUGACUACACUUAUCCUCCCAACUUACCUCAUUACGUUGCAAUGCGGAACCCUUUGGUACAGUUGCCCGACCGUCAAGCAAAUACAUUUCUAAAUGUUGGUGAUCUUUUGUUUUAUUGUGCACGUGCGUUUAGUAUGAAGGGUUCAUUAGAUUUGGUGAGACGAUGUUUCAAGAUUGGUAAAUUGCCUGAAAGAAUUUGGUUUGAUGUCGGACCAUAUGUUGAACAGAUUAUAGCGUACACAAAUCCACUUGGCAUAUUGUUCGGUUUGGGAGCAAAUGGUGGAGGUGUAAUAAUGAGUAAGGAUUUGGGGAAAACAUGGAUUUCAAUCAACUCAUUCAUGUACCAAAGAACUUUGAAUACGUCGACUGAAAUCAUUACAGCAAGUGUCAUACCAUGGAUUUCAUCAACUGGAUCAAUUGACAAUACACCGUCUGAGUCAUUUUGCAAGAUGCGAGUGGCUAAUCAAUGGAAUGUAUGCAUCAACGCAAUUUAUGCAAAUGAACUUCUACUGGCAGACUGGACUAACACCUGUCCAAACAUCAAGCCUUUUUAA